AUGCAGCUCUUGAUAUUGGUUCUGCUUCCCGUGGCCUUUCUCCUUCCUUCUGGGUCUCAGGCUGGUGAGAUCAUCCGAGGCUGGAAAGCCCAGCCCCACUUCAGACCCUACAUGGCCUAUCUGGAAAUACAAAGCAGAGACAAGAGGUCUUGCUGUGGAGGGUUCCUGGUGGCGGAGAACUUCGUGCUGACGGCCACUCACUGCAACGGAGACAUGAUCACUGUGUACCUGGGAGCCCAUAGCAUUAAACAACAGGAACAGAGCCAACAGAAAAUCUCUGUGCGCCGCCAUAUAUCCCAUCGUCAAUUCAGCAGAGAGACCCGUAAUAAUGACAUCAUGUUGCUGCAGCUGGAGCACAAGGCAGAGCUCAAUGAACAGGUGAGGUUCAUCCGUCUCCCCGCGGCUCAUUGGCGAGUGCAACCAGGGACCGUGUGCAGUGUCAUCGGCUGGGGCCGCACAAGCGCACCCAGUAAGGGGCUCUCCAGGACCCUCCGGGAGGUGGAUUUGAAGGUGCUGGACGAUGAGGCCUGUCUGAACUAUCCUGGUGGGAUAUAUCGUAAAUAUAAAACCAUCACGAUCAUGUGUAUGGGGGACCCAAAGGAGCACAAAGCCUCUUUCAAGGGUGACUCUGGUGGCCCCCUGGUGUGUGGGAAAACAGCCCAGGGCAUCGUCUCUUGGGGGCCUGUCAAUGGGAGCCCCCCAAGGGUCUGCACAAGAGUCUCCAUCUUCAUACCCUAG